AUGCAGAUAAUGUUAACUUUAGAUUAAUCUACUUGCGCCUUCCAUGGACUCUACAUUCGAUAGGUUCGCCAACGCAGUGAGAAGGAGCUUCAUCAUGCUCGCUACCUCUCCGGCUGUUGUGUGCUGUGUUUCUCUCAGGUAUCGCCGUACGGACUUUCUCGACCCCGCGUGCGUCCUCUGCCAUGGCACGCGGUCGCCAGGGCAGAGCUAGUCAGCAAGGCGAACCUGGGAGCGGGGACAUACGGCGCGAUACGGAAUCUAGCGGUGGGACCUAUUGCGGAGGAAGUUGUGUUUCGGGGUUGCUCUGUGCCUGUGCUUCUCGGCGCCGGAGUUUCGCGAAUGAAAAUUGUGUGGCUCAGCCCGCUGCUGUUCGGAUUCGCCCAUCUCCACCACGUGCUGGAGUGGCUGCGGCAAGGGAACUCCGUUCGAGCCGUGGCGGUCGGUAUGCUGUUUCAGAUAGCGUACACUUCUGUUUUUGGGGCGUUCGCCGCGUUCGUGCAACUUCGGACAGGACACCUCGUGUCGUCGAUUUUGGUGCACAUGCUGUGCAACUUCAUGGGCGUGCCCGACAUCACGUUCAGCAUUGCGCCCGGAAACCCUGGAGAGUCUACUCGCACUUCCGUGUUGUACAAGCACCGAAAACGUCUAUGGUGUUGCUACGUCGUCGGAAUUUUCCUUUUUGGUGGGCUGAUCCGCCCUCUGACUAGUCCGGGCUUGUACGGCUCCGUGCUGUGGUCUCAAGGGGUAUUGCAUGGGUGA